AUGCCACCAUCACCAGAGAUAACACCGCUGCAAGACACCGCACCACCAAUCAACCCCUCCAAAAAGACCACAGCAUCCAAGCCCAACCAGCCAACUCCAAGUAACGCAGCAGAGCCCUAUUCCGCCUUCCCAAAAUCAACUCGCACCUACCUAACCUACAUCCUCGGCAUAAUCCAACUAAUCUCCACCCUAACAACAACAAUCUACUUCCCGCUCAUCCCCACCCUCAGCACCCACUUCUCCGUCUCCAUCCAAGCCAUCAACUUAACCGUAACCGUUUACGCAAUCUGCCAAGCCAUAUCCCCGGGUAUAUUUGGUUCACUGGCAGAUUCCUAUGGCCGCCGACCCGUACUACUCGGUCUCAUUACUACGUACACGCUAGCGAGUCUGGGUCUCGCGUUGAACAAGAACAGUUAUCCGGUGUUGAUUACGCUGCGGGCGUUUCAGAGUAUAGGUGGUUCGGCGACGGUGCCGAUUGCGUAUGGGAUUGUGGCUGAUGUUGCUGUGGUGUCGGAAAGAGGGGGCAUGUUGGGACCGAUGUUGUCGACUUGUAAUGGGAUUUCGGCGUUUGGACCGGUUAUUGGUGGGGCGUUGGCGAUGAAGUCGACGGGGCAUAUGGGCGUCUUCAUGGCGCUGUUGGGGAUUGCGGUUUUGUGUCUUCUUCUCGUGGGGUUUGUGCUGCCGGAGACGUCGAGGACGAUCGUAGGAAAUGGAAAGACACCUGCGACGGGGAUUUGGCGGACUUGGACUUCUUUCCUCGGUCGAAAGAAAGGCGAGCAGGUGGUGUCCACUGUUGCGGGGCGACCUCCUAUGCCCAAGUCUUCCCAGACGCUCUCGAAGAUCUUCGACUCCAUACGCAUGAUCCGGCAUCCGGACGCUGCCGUGAUUCUCUGGAUGGUCGCUUCCUCCUAUGGAAUCUACUAUACCUUCCAAGUGGCCCAUUCCGUCAUCUUCAAAGACCUAUACAACUACAACGAGCUACAAAUCGGACUAAGCUUCCUACCUGCGCUGGCAGGCAUGACGAUCGGCGGCACGAUAGCAGGAAAACUCAUGGACAUUAACUACGCGUAUCAUGCGCGUCAAGCCGAGAUAGUCGACCCAGCAAACAUCUUGGAUUUUCCAAUCGAACGCGCUCGGUUCAGGAACGUGAUUCCGCUGAUUCUAAUCGAGACGGCACUGGUCACAGGCUAUGGAUGGACGGUGCAACAACACACUCACCCCGCUGUUCCCCUUGUACUGGAAUUCUUCGUUUCCGCACUGGCUACUCUGCUAAGUCAUACUGCGAAUGCGCUGCUCGUGGAUGUGUUUCCUGAAGUACCGAGCACGGCGUACGCGUCGGGUCAGCUUGCCCGUGGCGCGUUUAGUGCUGCGUCUGCUGCUAUCAUUGAUCCUCUGGUGCGCGCUGUAGGUCGCGGGUGGUAUUUCACCAUUUUUGCGGCGUUUACCGGGACGGGAUGUUUGACGUGUGUGAGCUUGAGUCGGUGGGCUGGUAUGAGGUGGCGGUGGAAGAGGUAUUUGAGAGCGAGUCGCGGGUCAGGAAAGAGCGCGAGUAACCAGGGAGUUUGA